AUGGUGCAGUGGUUAGCAAUGCUGCAGCUGCUCUGGAUGCAGCAGCUACUGCUGCUGGGGGCUCACCCGGGCAGCGCCCAGGAUUUGCCCCUCACCCCGGAACCGGCCCUCGAGUGGCUAGAUAAAGGAAUUUUCAUUAUCCAGAGUGAGAGCCUCAAGACAUGCAUUCAGGCAGGUAAAUCCGGACUGACCCUGGAGAGCUGCAAGCAGCCAAACAAACACAUGCUGUGGAAAUGGGUUUCAAACAACCACCUCUUUAAUGUGGGAGGCAGUGGCUGCCUAGGCCUGAAUCUAUCUAAUCCAGAACAACCAUCAAGCCUUUAUGAAUGUGACUCUACCCUCAUUUCCUUGAGAUGGCACUGUAACAGGAAGGUGAUCAUGGGCCCACUCCAGUACAAGGUCCAGGUCCAGCAUGGCAACAUGGUGGUGGCAUCACGGAAACAUCUCCAUAAGUGGGUCGCCUACAUGUCGGACAGUGGAGACAUCUGUGAGCAUCUUCACCGAGAUUUAUACACAAUCAAAGGAAACGCCCAUGGGAUGCCUUGCGUGUUUCCCUUCCAGUACAACCAUCAGUGGCACCAUGAAUGUAUCCGGGGAGGGCAGAAAGAAAACCUGCUGUGGUGUGCCACCACAAGCCGAUACGAACGAGAUGAGAAAUGGGGAUUCUGCCCAGAUCCUACCUCCACAGAGGUGUUCUGUGAUGCUGUGUGGCACAAGAACUUCAAUUCAAGCAUUUGCUACCAGUUCAACCUGCUUUCAUCUCUCUCCUGGAAUGAGGCUCAUGUUUCAUGUCAGAUGCAAGGAGGUGCUUUAUUAAGUAUUAUAGAUGAAAAUGAAGAAAACUUCAUAAGGAGGCAGCUGAGCAGGGAGGCAGUGGAAGUGUGGAUUGGUUUGAAUCAGCUGGAUGAAAAGGCUGGCUGGCAGUGGUCUGAUGGGACAGCGCUCAGCUACCUGAACUGGAGCCCAGAGAUAAAUGCUGGGCCAUUUGUUGAGUAUCACUGUGGAACACUGAAAUUUGCCUCAACUGCCUGGAGGAGCAGGGACUGCGAGUCUACCUUGCCUUAUGUAUGCAAACGGGAUCUAAACUCCACUGCUCAUGAAAUACUUGAAAACGACUCUUGGAAAUACCAUGCCACUCACUGUGAUCCUGACUGGACUCCCUUCAAUCGUAAAUGCUACAAACUUCAGAAGGAAGAAAAGACCUGGCAUGAGGCCCUUCACUCUUGCCAGACUAAUGACAGUGUGUUGAUGGAUGUGACUUCAUUAGCAGAGGUGGAGUUUCUUAUAAACCUUCUUGGGGAUGAAAAUGCAUCAGAAACAUGGAUUGGCUUGAGUAGCAAUAAAAUUCCAGUUUCCUUUAGAUGGUCCAGUGGCUUGUCUGUCACGCUCACUAACUGGCAGCCUCUUGAGCCUCAAGUUUUUCCACAGAGAAGCCAACUGUGUGUCGCAGCAGAGCAAUAUGAAGGACACUGGAAAGUGAAAGGCUGUGAAGAAACACUUUUUUACAUCUGUGAAAAAGCAGGGCAAGUCCUUGCUGAUGAGGAAUCAGAAUGUCAAGAGGGAUGGGAGAGACAUGGCAGAUUUUGUUACAAAAUCGACACAGUUCUGAGAAACUUUGACCAGGCUUCCAAUGGUUACUAUUGCCCUCCUGCCCUCCUGACCGUUACCAGCAGGUUUGAACAGGCUUUUAUAACCAGUUUCAUCAGUAGUGUGGCAAAAAUGAAAGACACUUAUUUUUGGAUAGCUCUUCAGGACCAAAAUAAUACAGGGGAGUACACUUGGAAGACUGUGGGGCAGAGGGCUGAGCCGGUGCAGUACACACACUGGAACACACAUCAACCCAGCUACAGCGGUGGCUGUGUUGUCAUGCGAGGAGGAAGUCCACUUGGUCGCUGGGAAGUAAAGAACUGUAGCAACUUUAAGGCAAUGUCCCUGUGCAAAAUGCCAGUCACACCCUGGGAGAAAACAGAGUUUGAAAAAAGGUGGCCCUUUCACAACUGCUAUUUGGAUUGGGAAUCAAAGUCAGGUCUGACCAGUUGCUUCAAGGUGUUUCACAGUGAAAAGGUCCUAAUGAAAAGAUCAUGGAGAGAAGCCGAAGCUUUCUGCGAGGAGUUUGGAGCUCACCUUGCAAGCUUUGCCCAUAUAGAGGAGGAAAAUUUUGUGAACGAGCUUCUACAUUCAAAAUUUAACCGGACACAAGAAAGGCAGUUCUGGAUUGGAUUCAAUAAAAGGAACCCCAUGAAUGCCGGUUCUUGGGAGUGGUCUGAUGGGACACCUGUUGUCUCUUCAUUUUUAGACAGUACUUAUUUUGGAGAAGAUGCAAGAAACUGUGCUGUGUAUAAGGCAAACAAAACAUUGCUGCCCUCGAACUGUGCUUCCAAACACGAGUGGAUAUGCAAAAUCCCAAGAGAUGUGAGACCCAAUUCUCCAGACUGGUACCAGUACGAUGCGCCCUGGGUCUUCUACCAGGAUGCUGAGUACCUCUUCUACACCUACUCUGGAAAGUGGGAAGACUAUGAGUUUGUUUGUGGCUGGUUGAAGAGUGAUAUCCUCACAAUUUAUUCUGCUCAGGAGCAAGAAUUCAUCCUCAGCAAAAUCAAAGUGCUAUCAAAGUUUGGUGUGAAUUGGUGGAUUGGAAUCGAAGAAGGAAGAGCCAGUGACCCAAUUCACUGGCAUAAUGGGUCACCUGUGAUAUUCCAGAAUUGGGACAAAGAAAGAAAAAAAAGAGUGGAUAAUCAGAGCCAGCAAUGCGCCUUCAUUUCUUCCAUAACAGGGCUCUGGGGGACUGAGAACUGUUCUGUUCCUAUGCCCAGCGUUUGUAAGAGAGUGAAAAUAUGGGUCAUCGAGAAGGAGAAACCACCAAUGCAGCAUGGGACAUGCCCCAAAGGCUGGCUUUAUCUUAACCAUAAGUGCUUCCUGGUGUCGAUUCCCAAAGACACUCAAGAGCUAAAGACCUGGACAGGUGCUCAGGACUUCUGCAUUAACAAGGGCGGGACACUGGUCUCCAUUGAAAGUGAACUGGAACAAGCUUUCAUUACUAUGAAUCUUUUCGGCCAGACUACAAAUGUGUGGAUAGGGUUACAAAGUGAUGAUCAUGAAAAGUGGGUAAAUAGAAAGCCUGUGGUAUAUUCUAACUGGUCUCCAUCUGACAUAAUAAAUAUGCCAAGUUACAAUACCUCUAAAGUUCAAAAGCAUGUUCCGCUCUGUGCCCUGGUGUCAAGUAAUCCUAAUUUUCAUUUCACUGGAAAGUGGUAUUUUGACGACUGUGGAAAAAAAGGCUAUGGAUUUGUUUGUGAAAAAAUGCAAGAUACUCCUGAACACCAUGUAAAUACGUCUGAUAUGUAUUCAGUCCCCAACACAUUAGAAUUUGGAAACAGAACGUAUAAAAUAAUUCGUGCUAAUAUGACUUGGUACACAGCAGGAAGAGCCUGCCUGAUGCAUGGAGCAGAACUAGCCAGCAUUACAGACAGUUUUCACCAGGCCUUCCUCACCGUUAUCCUCAACAGGCUGGGACAUGCCCACUGGAUUGGACUUUCCACCACAGACAAUGGUCUUAAUUUUGGCUGGUCAGAUGGCACCAAAUCCCCUUUCACCUAUUGGAAGGAUGAGGAGUCAGCCUUAUUUGGUGACUGUGUUUUUGCUGACACUAAUGGACACUGGCAUAGCACAGCCUGUGAGUCAUUUCUGCAAGGAGCCAUUUGUCAUGUAGCCACUGAAACAAAGGCAUCUGAGCACCCAGUGCUAUGCCCAGAAACAUCAGUUCCCUGGAUAAAAUUUAAAGGUAAUUGCUACAGUUUCUCUACAGUCCUGGACAGCAGGAGUUUUGAGGAUGCUCAUGAAUUUUGCAAAAGAGAAGGAUCUAAUCUUUUAGCAAUCAAGGAUGAGGCUGAAAAUUUGUUUCUCCUGGAAGAGAUUCUUGCUUUUAGUUCUUCUGUCCAGAUGGUUUGGCUGAAUGCUCAGUUUGAUAGUAACAAUGAAACCUUAAGGUGGUUUGAUGGAACAUCCACAGACCAAUCGAACUGGGGCAUUUGGAAGCCAGCUGUGGACCACCUCAAGCCCCAUCCCUGUGUUGCCUUGAGGAUCCCUGAAGGAGUGUGGCAGUUUACCCCAUGUGAAGACAAAGGGGGAUUCAUAUGUAAAAUGGAGGCAGAUGUUCCAGUUGUGAUGGAGCAUCCAGUAAAAGGACGUAGCUACAGCAUCGUUCCUCUUGCAAUCUCACUGACACUGAUAAUAGCCCUGGUCAUUUCCAUACUUUCCUUCUGGCUCUACAAGCAGAACGGUGACUUCUUCCAGAGACUCAGGGGGCCUAGGAGUCUUUACUAUCCUACACUCAGCUUCAGUACAGCACAUUUAGAAGAUAACAUUCUCAUUUCUGAUCUUGAGAAGAAUAACCAGUGAUGAUGAAGUGAGGAUGCUCCAGCUAGGAAGAACAAAGGAUGCCACGAAGGGAGUCCUGUCUGCAUUUCCCCUUCACAAGAUGCCAUUAUAAUGUGAAUUGUACCACUGUUUUAAUUAUUCUUCAAGCACAGCUUUUGAAUUUUAACCAAAUCAGAUGAGGUUUAAUUAUUCAUUUCCUUUAACUGUGGCCCAUUCUGAAAAGGGCCACAUUGGUUAUUGUUUAGAAAAGAACUAUUAAAAAGAAUCCUGCAUUGAGAACUCUCGAGCCAAUCUGGCAUGCAUUCAGAUGUGUACGUUCCCUCAAUGCAUUAAAAGAGAAAGGGGCAGGACUCUGACUGUAUUGAGAGAAAGGGUGCUUCUGAGAAUCAGUGUCCUGUUUGAUUCUAUUUCUUUUUUUUUUUAAUAGCCUGGUUUGGGAAAGUCCUAAGUCUAAACACCCAGGUUCUGGGUUCUCCACUAAUGCUUUGGAUGACAUUAAUUUUUUUUAGGUUUGAUUCUUAAGGUAAAUGGGAGAAAUGCCACUUCUCCUAACUAUGAAGAUCUUGGUAUGCAGCACUCUCAGGAACAACCAUGUGGCUAAAAUGAACCCUCACUUGCUAAGUGAGUACCAUGUUAAAGGUAUUUUAUAGGUAAGCUCAAAGGGAUACAUUGACAGUUCAAUGUUGUUAAAGUUGUGGACCUUAUUUAAAACUAAAGUAAUAAAAUAAUAUAUAAUGAUAAUAACCAGGAGAUACAGAAUAUAUGUAACUUAAACCUAAAGAGAAAAAAAUGAAGAUCUUAAUUAUACUCCCAUU